GGCGCGAUCCGACGAAAACGCCCGAGCGGUGCCCAAGUUCCCUUUUGGUCUGUAAUUCUUCCUUUUCUCGCCUUGGGCGAAGGCGGAGCCAGAUCCCCAGAAUCCCCGCCCUGUGGGCGGCAGGCGGCAGUAGGGACGUCCCCUCUAUUUGCAUAGCCCCAGGGACGUGGCGCAGCUCCGAGGACACUUCCGAGUUGAGAGGAACUCCAUGUCCCAGAAUGCCAAGAGGGCCAAUGCGUCACUUCUGUUGAGUUGGAAGCUGAAGAGAAUCGGGUCCGGGAGGCGUGUCAGACUCGAGAAGGGAAAGCCCAGCGGAAAAGGAACCUGCGGAUUGUUAGGAGAGGCGAACUGGGCUGGAGGUUGUUUCUGGAGUACGGGAGGUGGAGCCGGGUAGAUGGUAGAACCCCCUCUUGAACCCCAUAUGGACCUGGCGCUGGGUCCCGGUGACCAGGACCUUCUAGACUUCCUGCUAGAGGAAGGCGGAGAUUUGGGGGUGGCGCCCGAGGAGGCCGCCGCGGAGGCUCCGGAGGACUGGGAGCUGCCACUCUCUGAGGUACUGAGCGAAUGGGAGGUGGAGGAUUUCCUGAACUCCCUGCUGAGCCCCUCUCCAUCACUGAACGUUUUCAACUCCUCCAACCCCUGUCCUAUCUACCAUGAUCACACCUACUCCCUCUUACAGGAACAUAUCUCCAUAGAUCUAGAUAGUGGGAGCUGUGGAAAGGAGGGGCCCCAGAUGACUCCACUGCAGGUGGAGGAGCGGGCAGAGCAGGAGACUGCUAGUCUGAUAUUGACAGAUGAGGAGAAGAGGCUGUUGGAGAAGGAGGGGCUUACUCUGCCUGGGACUCUUCCUCUCACUAAGGUGGAAGAACAAGCUCUGAAACGAGUGCGGAGGAAGAUUCGAAACAAAAAGUCUGCUCAAGAGAGUCGUAGAAAGAAGAAGGUGUAUGUGGGGGGUUUAGAAAGCAGGGUGUUGAAAUGCACAGCCCAGAAUCUGGAGUUAAAGAACAAAGUGCAGCUCCUAGAGGAACAGAAUCUGUCCCUUUUGGAUCAGCUGAGGAAACUCCAGGCCAUCGUGAUUCAGAUAUCAAACAACAGCAGCAGCAGCAGCACCUGUGUCCUGGUGAGGAUGGUGAUGGAAGGAGAGAUCCUUUCCCAGGCAAUGGGUUUGGGGUACAACCUAGAGCCUGUCUUCAUCUCCUUUUUUCUGUUCUCCAGGUUCUCCUCUUCUCCUUCUGCCUCCUCCUUGUGCCUGCUAUGUACUCCUCUGACACAAGGGGGAGCCUGCCAGCUGAACAUGGCGUGUUGUCCCGCAAGCUUCGUGCCCUCCCCAGUGAGGAUCCUUACCAGAGGGAGCUGCCUGCCCUGCAGUCAGAGGUCCCAAAGGACAGCACAUACCAGUUGCUGGACAGCCCAGACCAUGUGCUCCAGGCCCCUGGCAACUCUUCCUGCCUGCUGUAUCAUGUACUUCAGGCUCCUUGUGCAGAGCCUCCUCAGAUGUCAAUCCUCGACUCCUUCUCAAAGCCCCUCUGCCCAAGUCCCAUCCUCCUGCAGGUAAAUCUCACAAAAGAAGGGAGAUGGCUGCUUACCCAUAGCCCCUCAUCUGUGAUCUUGCAGGGCAGAUACUCAGGCUAGAUGCAGGAAUAUGGGGGGGCCUCAGCAGAAGCCUGGGGCUCCCAGGAUGUAUCAAAAUAAAAAGGAAUGGGAGAGGACUGGCCUCAGCUCCUGUGCCCUGCCAGGAAGCCUGAGGGCUCAAACAUACCAGA